GGCGCCACCACUCCUCUCCCCUAAUUGCAACCAAGGUCGAACGCAGCGUGAGCAAUGGCGACCGAUUCCCCAGAGUCCCUCCCAUCCCCUUCCCCUCCCCCUCCCUCCUCUUUCUCCUCCAUCCCCCAUUUCAGCCCAGCGCGCCAUUACUACGUCGCCGUCGAUCGCCUCCGCUUCAAGAUGGACACUCUUGUGGAUUUGCUGGGCGUGGCUGGAAGGCGCCCGUUCCUGCCGAUGGUGGUCUGUUGUAGCUCCAGGGAUGAGCUUGAUGCCGUUUGCUCUUCUGUCUCUGGUCUCAGUUUCAUCUCUCUCUCAUCAUUGUACAGUGACCAGGCAGAAUCUGAACGCACUUCAAUACUAGAGAAGUUCCGUCAGUCGACUAUGGAGUGGAGCCAGCAUUUUGGUGCUGGCUUUGGAAAUGUCCUUGACAUAGGAGAUGUGGCACAGAAGUCUUCUAUGAUAGUGGUAACAGAUGCCUGCUUGCCUGUUACAACUUCAGGAGAACCACCAAUUUCAGCUCGAAUUCUAAUAAAUUACGAGUUACCAUCAAGGAAGGAGACUUACUUAAGGCGCAUGUCAACCUGUUUAGCACCAGAUGGAAUUGUGAUCAACAUGGUUGUGGGAGGUGAAGUAGUGACCUUAAGAGGCAUUGAAGAAGCAAGUGGCCUUAUCAUUGCCGAGAUGCCUAUAAACAUUUCUGAGAUCUUGUAGCAAUAUCAUUCUUGUUUAAUGAAGAAAGGACGGUCUCCAUCCUUGAAGACCCUGUGAAUUUAAGGAAUUCAAACUAGAUGGUAGAUAAAUUUUAAGAUUACUUUUUAAGUAUCAACAGUGAGAUAAAAUAUGUAUUUGAUGCCAGAACCUGAACUUUAAAAUUAGGGAAUUGUUAUGCGAAAGUCUGACUUGUGAGCAAAAAUAAAUUAAGUAGCUGUUACACUCAUAUAAUUGUAUAGAUUUAUGUGGAUUUUCAUUUCCAUUCACAUCAAAGUGGGAAGGAAUGAUAUCAAUCGACACUCAGAUCUGGAUA